AGGCAACAUCGGGACGACCAUUCCUAACGGACCCACGGGCAUGUCUUAGAUGGCCCCUAGGACGUGAUCACACGUUCAGCAACUUCACAAUCGACUGCUACUACAUCGACUUCGACGGCAAGAAUUGGGGACCUUGCCAGCGUCGGUUCCAGAUAAAACGAUUCGAAGAUUGGAAAGAGAUCACGUCGCUGGAAGUGUAUCCUGUGAAAUAUGAAACCAGCCCUUGCAUUAUGGCUGAUGCAACGGCUCGCGGCCAAAGUUUCGUCGAUGCACUCAAAUCGCGACAUAUGUAUUCCAAAGGCCGUACGCUGAUAGUGGCGCCGAGCGGUGAGGUAAUCCCGGAAAUUCUUCAUGCUGAGGACAUCGAUAGCCCUGUCAUGAUCGAUUUCGACAGAACACUUCAGUUCAAUCCCGAAUGGAAGCCAACGAUCGGUUGGACUGCCACUUUCGAGUCGCCACCGUACGAAACUCAGGAAAUGACGACCGGUGAUGCCAACAGGUGCGGCAACGCGGGGUGCCGUACAGUUUUCUGUUGCAUGAAUGAGUAUAUCGUCCAAGAUUAUAAUUGGGACGCCCAACGUUCGAAGGAUUUCCUGGAGAAGAGAGCAAAGGAGAGAAAGGCUGCGGCUCUAUCCGAAGAUGAUCUUCUACCCGAGGAAACAAAACUCCUGCCCAAUAGGGUGUUCGGAUUUAUUCUGAGAAGCCGGAAGUGGGGUAAGUCAUCGGGCCCGUAGUCCGCUCUCCAGUCUCAAUUAACGCCGGCCAGCUAGCCUACGAGUAGACAGUCUCAGUCCUAUAAAAGAGGACAAGGAUGGGUUUGAUCGGCUGAAAAUCAAAGAUG